CAACCCUGACUAUCUACCCUGUGUCCCUGUAACAAAGUCCAAUGCAACCCAAAAUCCCGAAGCAAGUGUUCUUUUAACUUUGCCAACAAAACUCACGUAGUCUGUAGCUCGUAAACUUGCCCACCACCUGUUCGAUGAAAUGCUUGAUCGAACUCUUCAAUAAAAAAUCCCUCUCUUAGCCUGGAUUUAAACUUCAACCUUCUCAAAUUAAUCUUUUAAUUGUUGCAGAGUUGAUUAUACCACUACUACAAUGCAACGAUUGUGCAAACUUGCAUCUUCUUCAAUUCAUGGUAUUGUCAACAAAACAUUGUCUUCUUCACUACAAGAAGCUGCGACUGCUACCCCAGGAAACUUCCUGAAAUGGGGUUCACUGGGUUUUGUUCGUACAUCAAAAUUUGCAUCUGGGUUUUCUCCAUUUGAAGUGAAACCAUUGAAUUCAAUCAUGGAUGUUGAGCGGGCUAAGUUUAAGACCCCUGAGGAUCUUGCUACAAUUUGGGAUGAUUUUCACUUAGGAAGAGGUCAUAUUGGUGCCACAAUGAAAGCAAAUAUGUACAAGUUAUUCGAGCAAAGGGCAAUUGAUUGUCAAUACUUUGUCAUUCCCUUGUGGAGAGGAAAUGGAUACACAACCAUGUUUUCUCAAGGAUUCAACAUCUGUCAGUGAAAUGAUUCAUUUGACGAACAGCGCUAAUGACAUGCUUUUCUCAACUUUGGUAUGCAUGUCUCAUAGACCUGGCAAAUGGGUCGGGUCAAUAUCGGGUCGUGUCAUUUCGGGUCAGUUAACAUUUGGGUCAGGUAUGGGUCGGGUCAUUUUGGGCAUCGGGUCAGGUAUCGGGUCGAGUCAUUUAGGGUCAGACCAUUUUCGGGUCAAGUGUGUUCGGGUCAUAUUCGGGUCGGGUCAAAAUUAGGUAAGGUCACAUUCGGGUUGUUCUAGUUGUGGAUCAAGCUCAAAUCAAUAAUUUUAUAUUUUGUUAUUGUUAUAAUAAGAACUAUCAAUUCGGUUUAUGAGCUUUGCUACGGUUGAAGAUGAACAAUUUGAGUUAUUUUUGGCACCAGACAUUUUUAGUUCAAUUAUAAAGUAAUUUUAGUUCGGGACAUUUCGGAUAUCGGGUCUGUUCGGGUCAAUUUCGGGUAUCUGAUUUGUUCGGGUCAAACACUUCGGGUCAAUUUCGGGCUGGGUUAGGAUCGGGUCAACUUUAUUUUCGGGUCAAACACUUCGGGUCAAUUUCGGGCUGGGUUAGGAUCGGGUCAACUUUAUUUUCGGGUCAGGUAUGGGUCGGGUCAAUUCGGGUUUUGGGUCGAUGUUUUUGGGUCAUGGGUCAGGUCAUUCGGGUCGGGUCAUCGGGUGUGGGUCAGGAUUGCCAGGUCUAAUGUCUCAUGACAUAUAUCUUCAAGUUCUUUUCUAUUCUUGGCUUCUAGGUGUAACCUAGAGGCCCAACCGCCCAAACUAGAUUGUGGCUGACUAUACCAUCUGGUUCAUACACACUACACAGUAAUAUGUAAUAGGCUGUUCAUUUUUAGGACUUUGACAGUCAAUCCAGGUCAUGUCCUGAAUCUGGCAUUAUUGAGUUAAGCAGUCAGGUCAGCAUCUUGCGGCCAACUUGUGAGCUUUAUUUGCUCAUCUAAUCGAUAAUAGAAAGUUUGCCACUCUUAUCUCAGAUCUGUGAAUUUGACCUUGUAUUCAAACUUUAGAUUAAAUUUAUGCUUGUACACUCUCUCUGUUGAAUGUCCUCCCCAAAUGAAAUGUUGGAAUCUUGCUGUAAAGAUGUGCGUGUCAUUGUUCAAAGUAGCAUGAACGAAGUAGCAACAAGCAAUCAGUCUUUUUUCUUCUGUAUGACAAUGACAACUUUUGAUAUUUCCAUG